GAUAUUACGCUUCUCUUCCUGGUUACGUUUCAACUGUCAAAAGAAACUGGGACGCAGAGAUGUGGUUUUUAUAAUAUACGGUAAGACACUUUUAUUUACACUUUAAAAUUCAUUUGGAAAUAAAACCUUCCUCUUAUUCGCUAAAUUUCUAACGAUGUUCCGUGUAAUUUUACCAUUUGUAUCUAUCGUAGCGUAGCGAACGGUUUGUUUACAUGCAAUUGUUUUGAAUCGCUAACGAGUAUUUCAUUUGUAUUUUUAUUUAUUUAUUUUUUAUUUUAAAUAAUUUUUUUGUUACUUUUUCACUCAUGCGAAGCAAAGUAUAGCUACAAAGCUCACACCUAUUACCUUUGAUUUUCUAUAAAACUACAUUAAAAGCUCACAGUAAAGUCACUAUUAAAAUUUUAAUAGUGUUAGUUCUUUUUUUUUUUUUUACACUUUUUAAAAAAAUUUAAAACAUUUUUUUUUUUUUUUUACUUAUUCUCACCAAUAAGACGUUCAGACAACAGAAGUCUGUUUCUAAAGGACAUUAGGAUGCCUUGUAAUACACCUCAUAUUCAUACAGGAGACAAACUCCCUUGGUUAACCCCCAUCACCAUUUCCUAACACCGUACCCCACUCAGCUUCCUUCAGUAAGUGCUUUAUCCUGGUCAGGGUUGUGGUGGAUCUUCAAUUCAAAUUAACUUUAUUUGUCUAGCGCUUUUAAACAAUGCUCAUCGUCUCAAAGCAGCCUUACGGAAAUAGACACAUUUUAAAUGGAUGAAUUUGUCCCUAAUGAGCAAGCCAGAGGCGACAAAAAACUCCCUGAGACGACAUGAGGAAGAACACUCACACACACACACAUACACAUAUUCACACUUAAAGGGUAAUUUAAUAUCUCCCGGCAUGUUUUUGGAAGGUGGGUGGAAACCAGAGAACUUGGAAGAUCCGUAGCUGGACAUGGGAAGAAGGCACGACGCAGACAGGAACCCAAGCUCGGGAUCGAACUGGGGACCCUGGAGCGGUGUGAAAGUGAAUGAGACAGCCACACAGGGACGCUUGACUUCGUCCAGCGAUGGAGGAUUUCAGAAGAACCUACCAGCGGCUGUGUAAGGAAGCAGGUGUGGAGCCCCAGGAGUCGGUCCUGGCUCAGCUACAGGAGGUCCGGGCUGCGACCGGAGGCGCCAAACUGGACCUGAACGGCCAGAGUCUGACAGUAGAGUCCUGCUCCAUGCUGGGCAAGACACUGCAGAAAGACACACUUUUCACUGAGCUGAUCUUCAGCGACUGCAUGCUUAGCGAGGAAGGCACCAAGCUUCUCCUGAAAGGGCUGUGUUCCAACACCACAGUAAAACUGCUGGAUCUCAAGGGAAACAACUUAAGAGGUGGAGGAGCAGAGGCUUUGGGGAAGUUGUUGGUGAGAAACAAGACAUUGCAAAGGCUUGUCUUGGAGUGGAAUGCUUUAGGGAUGUGGGAAGAAGGCUUUUCUGUAUUCUGUGAAGGUCUCGCUUCUAAUAGUUCCCUCAUCCAUCUAGACCUGCGCAAUAACCAGAUCAACCACCAGGGAGCAGCUGAGAUUGCGCUGUCCUUAAAAAGGAACUCUGUUCUACGAGAGCUUGACCUGCGGUGGAAUAACAUUGGCUUGUUGGGCGGCCGUGCUUUGCUAGAAGCUCUACAGCAGAACCGCACUCUCCUCCAGCUCGAGAUGGCGGGCAACAACAUCCCGAGCGACAUCCUCAAAGCCAUCGAGCAGUCUGUGGAUCACAAUGCAGAUAGACAUUCAACCCUGCGUGAAAACCACAGCAAGACUCAGGUGCUCAGCAAGGAGAUCCAUAUCCUCAAAGAGGAGAAGAACCGACAGUUUCUAAGUCUGAUGGAGACCAUUGAUAAGCAAAGGGAUGAGAUGGGGAGGAGCAGCAGAACUUCAUCAGUACGCUUGGGACAGCUACAGGAAGCUCUGAACGAGCGGAAAUCAGCCGUGAAUUCCCUCACAGCCAAGUUACAAAUGAUGGAAGCUGCUCUGGCUCUAUCUGAGCAGAAGGUCAAUAACCUGGGAGAUCUACUGACAAAAACAAAAGUGGAGCGGACUGAACUCAUGGACAGGCAAUCCAGAGAGAUGAAGAAACAGCAAGAGGAUCUUGUUCUUCGAGAAGGGAAGCUUUUGAGGGAAGUGAACAGUCUGACUGAGAAGAACCAUCAACUGAAGAACAAGCUAGAGGAGGCUGAACGGCGCUGCAAAGGUCAACAAGAUCAAAUCUUUGAGCUGAAGCAGGAGCUGACCAACUCCACUGCAGAGCUCAAAUUACGCCUGUCUCAAGCUGAACAACGCUUGGACAUGGAGAAGAGAAGAUCAAAACAAGCUCUCGAAGACAUGGACAGUUUGCGUCAGAAAGAGGUUGAUCAUGUCAAUAAGCAUCUGGAGGAGAGUGAGAGAGCUCUACAAGACCGUAUUCUCAAACUUGAGGGCCAGCGGAUCCAGCUGGAGGAGGAGCUAAGCCGAAUGAAGGCUGCUAUGGUGACCCAGAGGGCUCAAGCAGAAGAGGAGCUUGGGAAAGUGCGUGCACAAGUGCGCCUGGAAGAGCGGCAGCAUUUGAACAGCAUGGAGGAGAAGCUACGGAGCACACGUCAGUCACGUGAUGAGGCUCAGAGCCACUGCACACAGCAGAAGCAGACCAUCACUGAGCUGCACAGCCGAGUAGGCCAGCAGAGCAUAGAGCUGGACACCCUUCGGCGCAGGAUAGACGAGCUGCAGCAGGAGCUUGCAGGGAAAGAGCAGGAGAAGUUGGCGGAGGUGACACGGGUGAAAGUAGAGCUGCAGGAGCAGAUCGGGCACUUGCAAGCCGAGAGGACAGCACAGAGCGGCCUAAAGGAGAAGAUCGCUGCUUUAGAGAGGGAGAUAAAAGCACUUAGCACCACUCACCGAGAGGCUCUUCUGGACAAAGAAAGUGAGAUCUCGUCUCUACAGGAGCGCCUGCGCCUGCGGGAAGCAGAGAUCCAACGUAUACACGAGGACGAGGCUCAGAGAGCCAGUUUUCUUCAGAACGCCAUCCUCACUUAUGUUCAAGGUUCCCGUCUAGGACACUUCAGCCCAAAUAAAUGACCCUCACCCAAUCCAUAAUCAAGCCUACUUAAUUCCUUUACUGUGUCUUCAGUCAUUGAGGUCAUUUUGAAUGGAGAGUAGUAAUAAAUUGAGCAGAAUGGUCUUGGACGUCUUGAACACUCAUCUGAGGGGCUUUCUCAGUUAAAGCCGCCGUCUUCAAACGAUUAAAGAUUGUAACCCAAGUCCAGUCAUUUUGACUUACAAUGCAAUAACAAUAUUCCUCUCAUUUUAAGCAUUGAGUUACAACAAUAAAUCGCCUGGAUAAUUCAGAUUGUGAUGUUUUCAGAAAUUAAAAUGUUUUUCUAGGCACAAGAUAUAAUAUGUAUUGAGCUGACUUUGCAUAUUCUUAUCUCAAUGUGGUAUUGUGUUGUUUUAUUAAAUAUGAACAAACAAUUUUUACAUUUUUUUUUUUUUUUUUUUACAAGUAAAUCAUUUGAUCAUCGUUUACACUAGCUUUCUGGUAUCUCAGGAAUAGCAAAUUGAAGUAAAUCCCAGCACACUUUUCUAUGUUUUUUUUUUUUUUUAACUUUAUUUUAUUUGUAUGGACUGGUUUUAUACAAUAAAAUUUUGCUAAAUAAGUCUCAAAUGUAAAUUUUCUUGACAUCAAAGAUAAAAUGACACUUUUUGUCAUAGUUUUGACAUACAGUAUAUGGUACCAAAAUAUACACUGAUCAGCCAUAACAUUAAAACCACUGAGAGGGGUCUCACUGAGUGAGUCACAUUGAUUAUCUCAUUACAGUGGCACCUGUAAAGGGGUGGGAUAUAUUAGGUAGCAAGUGAACUUCGGUUCUUGAAUUUGAUGUGUUGGAAGCAUAAAAAAUGGGCAAGCGUAAGGAUCUGAGAGACUUUGAUAACGGCCAAAUUGUGAUGACUGAAUCAGAGUGUCUCCAAAAGGACAGGUUUUGUGGGGCGUUCCCAGUAUGCAGGGGUUCAAGGAAGGACAAGCGGUGAACUGGGGACAGGGUCAUGGGUACCCAAGGCUUAUUGAUGCAUGCGGGGAGUGAAG